UGAAGAAACCCCCCGAGAAAGACAACGCGCCGCCGACUACCCAAGAACGUGGAAAGAAUCGUCGAGCCUGAGCAGAUUUGUUUAUUUGCCUUAUCCUGUCGCUCAGAUACAAGAUCCUUCAACAAACGCACGCUCGUUCUUCUUGAGGGGUCAUUUCCAAGCUUCUGAAUCCCCCGACAUAAGCCAACACCUUUUGUUUCGAAUAAUCCCGACUGGGUAGCCUGCUUUUUGUUGUUCAUUUUUUUUUUCUUUUUUCGUGUCCCCCAACAGGGUCGGUUCAUUCUUUCAGGCCAUUCUUUUUUGCACUGAGAAACAGGAAAUUGUCGUCAUCUUCGUCCCUGUCGUCGCGUCAGUUUUGAACAAGAUAGCUAGCCUUCCCGGGUCUUUGGGGAGAACGGAGCUAACAGCCUUAGCCGACCUCCCGACAAAAAACGCUGCACUCUUUUUCUCCUCCACGUCGCACCAACCUCGUUCGUCAACUUUUGUCGUUUCGAUUUUAGUUACCUUGUUGCCUUGGUUUUCUUUAUCAAGUUGAACUUGGAGACUGGGAACGGUGCUCAGACGAAGACCCUGAUCCGCCUACGCCUGCCCUGUCUGUCCGACACGACCGUGAUCACAAGGCUGCGACGUGUCGGCGGGUGACUUGAACCACCCCGCGGGCCCACGCCAUCUUGUUCAUUUCUGGGGGCCAUUUGACUUGAUUUUCCCCCUUUCUUUCUAUCGUUACAUCGAUCCGUUCAUUUUUAUCCAUUUGGUUUUGCUGUAUGACGAACGUGCCUCCCGACGAAAAGAUAACAACUUACCAAACGAGACAGCCAGCCAGCCCGCCCAGUCAGCCCUGCUCUGACCCUCGUUUCAAGCAAGCCUUGACGUGGCCCUGACCUGGGUACUUGUUUGUUGUGCUGGAUUGGCUUUUAGGUACCAUCGUAGCUGCCCAAGGGGUGACAAGGCUCUGAAAGCAUAUCAGAAUCAGUCCCCUCAACUCAUUGGGUGGGUGUCCUUGCCUGGCUUUAGGAGAUUGACCUGUCUGUUGGGCUCUCAAAGAUGGAGAACCGACAACGACUUCAGAAGAGAGAAGGAAGCAGUACAAAGCUGGCCGACAGUCUGAUCGAUGCUUCCUCCAAGGGCAAACCCAGGUUGCUCCUGAUGGGGCAACGCAGGAGUGGCAAGUCAUCUAUAUCAAGCGUAGUGUUUCACAAGCUGCCGCCAAAUGAGACGCUGUUUCUUGAAUCAACAGCGCGAAUUCAGAAAGAUUCCAUGGCAUCUUUUAUGGACUUCCAAGUAUGGGAUUUUCCCGGACAGAUCGACUACUUCGACAGCCCGAAUUUUGAUAUGGAUGCCAUCUUCGGAGAGAUAGGAGCUCUCAUCUGGGUUAUCGACGCACAGGACGACUACAUGGAGGCCGUAUCGCGGCUUAACCAAACAAUUAUAAAUCUCCAGCGUCAUUACCCAAACAUCAACAUAGAGGUCUUCAUCCACAAGGUCGACGGCCUCUCUGAUGACUACCGGCUCGACAUCGAGCGCGACAUCACGAUUCGCAUCCAGGACGAGCUGUCGGACCAAGGUUUUGAGAACGCCCCGGUUAGGUUCCACUUGACGUCCAUCUAUAACCACAGCAUCUUUGAGGCCUUUAGCAAGGUCAUCCAGAAACUGGUCCCACGGCUCGGUCAGCUCGAAGCCAUGCUCACGUCGCUCUGCCGCACCUGCCGGUUUGAAAAAGCCUACCUCUUCGACAUUCUCUCCAAGAUCUACAUCGCCACCGACAACGCCCCUGCCGAUAUGGCCUCGUACGAGAUAUGCUCCGACUACAUCGACGUCGUCGUCGACGUUAUCGAGGUUUAUGGGUCUUGGAGGCGGCCUGUCGACUACGUGGCCAAGCUCGAGGCCGACCAGGGCGGUCAGAAGCUCGAGGACCAGGUCGCCUGCAACUGGAACGAGAGCUGCAUCGUCCUGGCCGACGACGAGAAGCCCGUCAUGCUCCGCGAGGUCGACAACUGCCUGGCCCUCGUGGCCAUCAUGAAGGAGGGCACCUACGACAAGAUGCCGCUCGUCAACAUGAACGUAGACGUUGUCGUCAAGGGGCUGACGGAGUUUUUCAACAUCACAAAGCCUCGCAAGUGAGGCCCUUAGUGGCUUGACCGGUGAGGGGAUAUGGUUCCAUUUGGAGGGGUAGAGAGUAGGAGAGCGUUGCACUGGCCACUGGUUUUGAUCUCUUUCUUUUUCGGCGUGGGAGGAACCUGUGAGGUACAUGCGCAUGUUGGGAGGGGCUUAUUGUCGUGUUUAUGGGCAGGAUCGCAAAGCAUUUCUUUAGCGUAGUUUGGCGGCCGGCUGAGCAUCCAUCUCUUCAUAAACGUCCUAGUCGCAAGAAAACCUGUUGAGAACGUGGUGUACGUGAACUUUUCUUGUUUGCCCUCUUGUGGUCUCAGUAGAGUAAAUGUCGUGAAAUUGAUCUUCAAUUCAUGUUUUGUGA